AUGACCUGCGUCUACAAAGCCAGUCCAUUGAUGACGGGGAGCAGGCUACCCUCUCCGGCUGUUCCUUUGGGCGCUGCUCCCCACCGACCUUUCCCUUCUGUCUACCUAACUAUCGAUGUUAUAAGCAGCUGCGCAUCCCAUCCAAUCCCUCCCAUGGACUCGUCAUCGGAAUUCACAUUCAUGGAUUCCCUUUCAGUCAACCAGGCCCAGGCUCUGCCUCCAUCUUACCCCGCGUCCUCAGUGAAACCGCACUGUGACAUUGACAGCCCGAUCGAAUACCUCGAUCCCAGAUCCCAUCCACACAUCGAAAUCCGCAUGCAUUCUCCGCCGUUUCUCGAUGACACGGAAAAGACGCAGCACACCGAGGCCCCUCUUCCCGUUCAUCCAGACAUACCGAUGCGAAUUCCCGACCUUCCCACCAAAUGGUCUUCCUCCCGCAAGUCCCUCACAACCGUGAUCGCCUGCGGCGUUACUGUCAUGGCAGCCUAUGCCGCCGGCGAGUGUUCACCGGCUUUCGACCAACUACACCGCGACUGGGGGGUUGCUAGGGUGCCGUAUAACCUGGGAACGACGCUGUUUACGCUUGGGUUUGCCGUGACACCGAUGCUGCUUGCCCCGUUUUCGGAGGCUUGGGGACGGAGACCGGUGUUUCUGGGGAGCGGGGUGCUGUUCACCGUUUGCCUUGCAGGAUGCGGAGCUAGCAACUCCCUUCCUGGCUUGCUGGUUGGACGCUUCUUUCUGGGUGUAGCAGGGUCCUCCUUCUCCUCUAUCGUCGGCGGCGUCAUCAGCGACAUCUACGCCGACCAUGAGCGCAACGUUCCCAUGGCCCUCUUUUCCGGAACCACUCUAUUCGGAACCGGCCUCGGUCCCCUCGUGAGCAGUAUAAUAGCAUCUAGGACGACCUGGAGGUGGAUUUACUACUCCCAGGCCAUCGUCAGUGCGUGUUUCGUUGUCCUGCUUUAUUUCUUCUUUGACGAGACGAGGGAGAGUGUUUUGCUGGGGCGAUGGGCGGAUAGGAUGAACGAGUACUUUGAGGAGAUGGAACAGAAGGGCUGUCGUGGCGUUUACACUGGCUCUGGACAUGGUCCACGGAACAAUGGUCCGGUGCGUGUCCGGUAUCGCAUCGAAAGUGAUUUGAGUAAAUCAGUUUCACUCGGAGAGAAGCUGGUGCUGUCGUGCUCGAGGCCGUUCUCCUUCCUUUUAACCGAGCCCGUCGUCUCCUCCUUCUCCCUCUGGGUAGCCUUCAGCUGGGCAGUCCUAUACCUGAACUUUGGCUCCAUCCCGCUCGUCUUCUCAACGACCUACGGCUUCACCUUAGAGCAAACCGGCGCUGUAUUCACAGUGAUACUGGUCUCUGCAACCCUCGCAACCCUCCUCAGCAUCUUCCAGGACAAGGCCGCGCGAAAAUACAACCUCUUCAACACGUCGCCCGAGUCCCGCCUGUACUUUGCGUGCAUCGAGUCCGUCUGCCUACCCAUUGGACUCUUCUGGUUCGGCUGGACCGCACAGCCAACAAUCCACUGGAUCGUUCCGACGCUGGGCAUCGGCUGCGCCAUCGCGGGCAUUUUCGCGAUUUACCUCGCUACCUUCAAUUACCUUGCCGAUGCGUAUGGGGAAUUCGCGAGCUCGGCGAUUGCCGCACAGUCGUUUUGCAGGAAUAUCCUCGGCGGCGUCUUCCCGCUCGUUACGAAUGCUAUGUUUGAGGACUUGGGGUAUGGGGUUGCCGGGAGCAUUUUGGGAGGUGUUGGCUUUGCCUUGACGCUCGUUCCGUGGGUUCUUGUUGCGUUUGGGCCGCGGAUUCGCGCGAAGAGUCGAUUUGCAUCUGCCUCUGCCUCUGCCUCUGUCAAUGGAGGUGGAGGUGGAGGUGGAGGUGAAGGGAGAUGUGUCGAUGCUGCUUGA